AUGUUUAUGAAGCAUUUGGAUCUGUACGCUCGGCGUGACCCUCAGUUAGCACCCUACUUACUUAGGGAGGUAGAUAUUGAGUAUAAAAGAAAAUGCCACAAGGUGUCUUUUUGUAUUUGGAUGUGCAUAUUUACUAUUGUUACGGCCUUUCAAAUGCGUAUGCAGGGUGAGCAGUUGCACUACUUGCGGUUGUAUGCAGAUUGUGUUCGGGCUGAGCAGGAUGCAAAAGAUGAGAAUGAGAUUCGACGACGAAAGACGUUUGUAUCUGUUGCGAACAUUGUUAGGGACGCAUUUGAUCGGGAUCAGACAUGGAGUAGUCGUGAUCAUGAAAAAGCUCUGAAGCUGUUAUAA